UGUAUUUGUUUUGUUAUUUUAGUUACCGUGGCGACACUAAUAAUUUUAUCAGUCGCUUCCAAGUGUUGUGUUAUGUUAUGUCUUUCUGUUGGUUAACGUUGACAUACGGCUGCGAGAUAUGGACAACGAUAUUAUCGUACAGGAUCUGGAAUUGCGUUCCCUCAUCGGUUUCGACGGCAACCCGUCCAACGGUCUUAUCCUGCAUCCGGACGGCGUUCACUUGAUCUACCCGCUCGGCACCAACAUAACGGCGUACGACUGGUCGACGAAAAAGCAGAGGUUCUUCGAGGGCCACACCAACGUGAUAUCGGCCGUGGCCGUAUCCAAGUCGGGCAGACUGAUCGGCUCGGGCCAAGUCAACUACAUGGGUUUCAGGUCGCCCAUAAUCGUGUGGGACUUCCAAAGCGGCCAAGUGGUCACCAAGUACGAAUCGCACAAAGUGCGCGUUGAAGCCGUGGCGUUCUCUUGUUGCGAACAGUAUUUGAUAUCGUUGGGCGGCCUCGACGACGGAUCCGUCAUUGUGUACGACGUCGACAAGAAGGAAGUGCUGUGCGGCUCGUCGUCGGUCAAGUCGACGGCGGGCUACACGACGGUGCUUCGUUCCGUUCAUUUGCGCGGCGAAUGCUUCAUAGUGGCCGGCGACAACAUGCUGCGCCUUUGGACGUUGAACAAAGAACAAAGGAACGUACAAGGGCUCGACGCGUCGUUUGCCAAAAUCAAACGGAAAAUACUUUGCGCCGAAAUCGACUACAUGGACGAAUACGCUUACUGCGGCACCAGCACAGGUGACAUAAUGAAGAUCAAGUUGAACUUAUCGCCGGACACCAACGUGACCGCACCGGCCGGUUCGCCGGCUCUGGUCGGCUGUUUCGCCAAGUAUCCGACCAACGUGGGCAAAAAAAAGGCCGGCCGCGCCCCCGCCGUCGAGUUGUACAGCAACGGCGUGACGGCCCUUUAUCUGAUCAUGGACGGCACCGUGGUCGUGGGAGCUGGUGACGGCACCGUGGAGUUGGUCAAACAAAAGCCCAGAGCCGGUGUGAAAAACGACAAAUCGGAAAACCGCCUGGCCACGCCCACGCACCCGCUGUUGGUCGCGUUGAAAUCCACAAACGUCGACUCCACCGUGACCAGCAUACAGCUGAUGAAAAACCUCAUCCUCGUCGGCACCAUUGGCUGCGAGCUGUUCACCGUCAGAACGGACGACUUCCAAGUGACCUGUUUGUUCACGUGCCACACAUCUGUCGUGUACGACUUGGCGUUCCCGCACCGGUACAGCAAAGUGUUCGCCACGGCCAGCAAAAACGACGUGCGCGUGUGGUCGGUGGACACGCUCCAAGAACUGUUGCGCAUCACCGUGCAGAAUUUCACGUGUUCCGGCGUGCUGUUCUCGUACGACGGGUCGCAGAUCGUCACCUCGUGGAACGACGGCAACAUCCGGGUGUUCACGCCGGAAACCGGACGUCUGUUGUACGCCAUCAACAACUGUCACAACAAAGGCGUCUCGGCCAUAGCCAUGGCCAAGGACGGCAAGAAGCUGUUGAGCGGCGGCGGCGAGGGCCAGGUCCGCGUGUGGUCGAUCGACAACACCAGCGGCACGCUGCUGGCCGUCCUCAAAGAACACAAAGGACCGGUCAGCUCGAUCGACGUACACGAGCUGGGCCACGAAGCCGUCACGGCCAGCGCGGACGGCACUUGCGUGGUCUGGGAUAUCGUGCGUUUCACCCGGCUGUCCAUCAUGUUCUCGUCGACCAUUUUCACCAGCGCCAAGUACCAUCCCAACGGCGCCCAACUGCUGACGUGCGGCACCAACAGGUACAUCGGAUUUUGGGAAGCGCUGGACGGGUCGCUGAUUCGCGAAAUCGAAGGCUCGUCGGCGUCCGCUCUCAAUUCGCUGGACGUCACCCCGAAUGGCAGAUACAUCGUCACCGGCAGUUCCGACCAAAUGGUCAAGGUGUGGUUGUACAACGAAGGCGUGCCGACCCACGUCGGCGUCGGUCACGCCGGCGUGGUCACCAACGUAAAGGUCAGUCCCGACGGUAAGUCCAUAGUGAGCACGAGCGCCGACGGCGGCAUAUUCCUGUGGCGUUUUCCGCACGCCGAUACGACGGACGCGUCGUCCCCGAGCCGGAACAGCGUAAGCGGCAGCACGUGCAGCAGCCUACGGGAACAGCAAGCCGACCGUUCCAGGCAAUUGUCGCUGAAGAAAACGAUGCCGGCCAAAAAGGAGAACAUCAACACAAUAUCGAAAACGCAAAAAGUCAAAACGGACAGCAGGCUAGGUGCAGAGUGCGGAGACAACGUUAUGUCCACAGCACAACAAUUGGCCAACACGGCGGUCAAGUGUCUGUGCACCGGAACCUGUUCUUGCGACAACACCGGAAAGAAAUGUAAAUAAUUUCCGGUCAAAUGACAAAAGCGGCAUAUAAUUUUUUACAUUUAACAUUUCUUACAAUUUAAAUAAUCAAAAAUAAAUGCAAAAAGUUUUCUUUAAAAAGUCUCUCGGGCUCCACGGCCAAGAAUAUCAGGAUAUAAUAAUAAUAAUAAAUUACAUUUUAUUUGAACAAUUACAAUUUUAGGCCAGUCAAUAAGUAUAACAUUUUGGCAAAUGGCCGAACUAAUGUCCAUCUAAAUUUGUUUUUCAAAAGCCUUAUUGACAUGAGCAUUUUGGAACGAAGUUCCUUAUCGCGGGUUGGCGAGGGGACCUAGCCGAGAAAAAAUGUUACGAAAACGCGUUAUGAAAACUAUAUGUGGUGCGGUCGAGCGUGAUCGGUUCCCAGGAGUGAGUGGUACCGGGUUCAAAUCCGGCUACCCUCUCAACACUUUUUACAUUUUUUUACAACUUUAUUUUCAACUUUUAUGGUAAUUUAUAUUGCAAUAAGUCUAAAAACGUAUAAAAUAUUUAUAUUUUAUUACUACAAAAUACGUUUUUACCCUUAAAAGUACUUGAUAACUGGCUGAUAACUUGCACUGGCUCUUUAUCUCUCUUCCUUUUUCUCACUAUCUACUGUGAUGCUUGAAACGGUGACUCUCUGACAAAUACAUUUAUGAAUAUAGUUAUUUAUUGCAUCAGUAAUCAAAAUUAAAGAGAGGGGUGGGUAGAGAGAAUGAGAGCUUGGCACGUUAAUGAUUUUUUCUUAUUCCUCACUUCAAAUUCAUUCUCACGUGUUACUGCUUACAAAUUUCUUAUUCCUAAUUAAAAUUCUUUCACCCGUUUUACUACAAGACGUUCGGAACUUGAUAAAGAACAUUAUAAUAUAUUUAUAUUUUUAUUAAAGAAUACAAUUUUCUUUUCGAAACGUUUAAUUUGUCUCUGAACAGUGAUCCUACACAAUCUACGACAAAAUAUAGUACAAUCAUUGAUGCUGUUUUUCCAGAUAUUUGAACAAAAUUGAGUCAAAAAUAUACGUAUCAUAUUUUAGUCAUCAUAAAUCAAUAAUUUCUAUGAUAGAAUGCGAGAUUUAGUAAUAUAUAAUAAUAUACAUAUGAUAAAAAGAUUUUAUAUCAAUCACUUUUUACAAAUUAAUCGAAUGCAACCAUAUGAUAUCUGAACUUUGUUCCUACCGAGGAUCCCGUGACCCACUCAGUUUUUUUUUUAAAGCUCCGGAAAGCGCAAUUUUUUUAACUUUGUUAUUAACUUAUAGUUUCAGUAAGAAAUCAAUUGUAACUUUGGCAUAUUUAAAAAAAAAUUAUAUUUUUUAAUCUUUUUUUUUUUCCUGAUAAUUUUGUUUAUAACUGAUAAAACAAACUUAUUAUUCUUAACGUUUUAAAAAACAAGGCGUUGGUGAGUAGGCAAACUCUCUUACGCUUGUGUAUAUUUGAGCGUAUAUGGCAUCUUUUAGAAUGGUAGUGUAUAUUUAACAAAUAAUCGUACAAUUCCAAUUAGUUUUUUUUUUUAAUUUUCAUAUAGUAUACUUAUUUUGUGUUCACGUAACAGGUUGUGUACUAAAUUUAAAGUUUGUAAACACAUAUUAGUCUUCAAAAUCCACAUUUAUAGGGUUUUGAGUAAUUUUUUUUAUAAUAUAAAAAAUGUUAACAGAUUUAUUUUUCACAGGUCGUGUUGUAAGUAUAUCUUAGACCUAUCUUUAGACUAAUUUUCAGCCAUUAAAUCCUAAAAUUGUGCCAAAAAAAUUCCAACUUCUCCGAGAGGAAUGCAUUUAAAUAUAUGUGUAAUUUUAAUUUAAUCGGAUUUAAUUAAAAAUGUAUUUAAAAUUAAUAAUUGGA